UCCAAGUGAGCUAGACUUAUAAGAUCUGUGUUGUUUCCAUAGUGCCACCUAUGGGUGAAAUGCUAUCAGCAGAAUUUUGUAAGAUUACCUGGAGUUGUAAUUGCUUGUCUCAAUUGCUCUGGCAGAUUCACAUUUUCAAAUUAGUGUGGCAAUGUCAGGCUAUUUGCACCUGUCUUCUAAAUUUGCUUGUAUCUCCAAAUUUUUGUGCUGCCAAAAAUUUAAUGAUGUCAAACACGAUUUUUUAAAAAUGUGACUAAAUUUACCAUAGAAGGAGCAACUGCAAACAAAUUCAGGAUAGUUUAGGCCAAUAACUUGAAUCGAGGGGGGGAAAAACAUUUUCUUCUGCUCUCACAGUUCAGGAGUAAUGAGCAGAAAUGUAAGUUGCUUCGUAGGGAUGGGCAGAUUGAUUCUGCAGCAGCAGUACAUCAAUACUUACAAGCUACUCAGUUAGCAUUGAUUCCUUUAAAAACUGUAAAAUAUAGUUAAUAAAAUGACAUAAAUAAAAACCAUUAAUUGUAGGCCUAUUUGGUUUUGUAAUACAUGUGUUAUUAAUGGCCAGUAUGUGUCAUGUGAUUUGCCUUUAAAUGUAAUUAUUUUCUUCUUUUCCUUUAAAAAAAUAUCCAUUAUUUGGAAAAAUCAUAUACCUGUUUAAGAAAUGAUCAGUAUCGGUAUCUGUAUCAUAUCGAAUUUAAAAAGUGCGGUAUUGCCCAGCCCUAAUGCUUUGUAAAUGGAUGGCUACACCAGAAAAUAAUCAAGUCUCUUUUGAGGCAUUGUUCAACUUUAAAAAAAACUUUUUUUUUAGAACAAUAUAAAGACACUAGCCUCUUGAGACCCUUCUUCCACUGUGAUUGAUUUCAGAUAAUGAAAAUGCAGAAUAGGCUCUUAAUCAGCCAGUUGCCUGGUGACCAAAGAGGAGGCAGAUAACAUUGAUAUCAUUAAUACUCUGAUGGUUUAUGAAGUUCACAUUUUUGUUUUCUAAUAGUCAUUUUCAAUGCUAUGAAGUUGAUCCUGAGGAUAGUACAUGUAAUGAGUAACAUGAGCAACAUGUAUACACUCAGUGUGUCUGAAGAUAGUCUUUUCAAAGGAUACAAGAACACUAACCUAAAAAUGGCUGUACAUUGAAAUAGAAAGGGACCGAGGAGUUGUGCUUGCCUCCCUGAACACUCAGCACAAAUCAAUGCUUCUCACAGAAAAGUCAUCCAUUAUUUCUCAAUGGACUAAAUGCUACUUAAGAACUGUAUUAGAUCUCAAUAUAAAUCCGUGUGAGAGGCCAUUAAUUGCAACCUCAGCACACUAUAGAUUUGUGUAAUAUUCCUACAGGGAGUUGCAGUGUGUGGUGCUCAGCAGAGAGACGAUAGUGACUUUAUCGUGGCUUUACACAGGUUUUCAUGUAUUUUAUGUGAUUUCAACAAGAUUUCUGUGGAAGCUAUCAUUUUUAUCUUGCUGCAUGAUGAUGUAUAGGUUUCCUUUUGAGGAAUUACUUGAGAUUAGGAUUCAUUAGGCCCGUAGAAUUAAUAUUUUUUUUAUCAGGGCAUUUUGUAGAUACUUUGAGUAUUACAGCCCUUGAUGAUCAUUUUUGAUGUCCAUUUGAUUUAUUUCAUCUUUCAUAUUCCUUCAUGGCCGCUAGGGGGUAAUCAUGUACAACAAACUUAUACCAACUUUCAGAUUUUCGGACAUUUGGUGAGAGUUACCACUCAAUACUGGUGAUGCUGUUCCUUUAGAUGAAAACUCAAAUGAUCCUGACACUUCAACAGUAAAUAAACACAGACUCUUUUAGAAUGUUUAUGUUUGAAACAGAGAAAGGCUGCAGCCAACAGUUUGAAGAAAAAAGGUUAAUCCAUAAAGAUAUUUCUCCUCUAAGAGAGACUUCCUCCAUUUUACUCAGCAGGUAGGUCAUUAUCUUCAGAAAGAAAACUUCAUAUGGUUAUGCGCCAAGCUACAAGCUACUGUGGAGUUGAGAAUAACCAUCUAAUCACUAUUGCUGCAGCAAAUCUUGCUGUGUAUGUACGUUAGAUCAAAAUGGCAACAGACAUUUUGAAGGAGCAAUACAACAACCUGCAGGAGGAAAAUGACCAAUAUAAGAAGCUCAUCAGCCAGCAGAGGGAUCAUUUGGUCUCUCUGGAUCAGGAGAUAACAGCGGUGGAGAGCAGGAUUCAGCAAAAGUUAACAGUCCCAGGUGGCAUCUUCAAACAACAAGGGAAACACAGCCGCCACAAGAAACACAUCCGCAGCUUGGAAAACAAGCUCAACCAGGUCACUAUUAAGUUUGAUGAGAUACUCUGCGGCAACAUGGAUUAUCGCAAAGACAUUGCUCACAUGCUGCAGCAGAAAGACUUGGGGUGCAAAAUCAAAACUAAUUUCAACAGACAGAUAGCCUCACAGCAAAGCAUGAUGGAGAAACUGGGGUCGAAGUGCACCCUCGCUUUCCGCCAGAGGUCAGAGGCUGAGAGCCGAACACUGGAGGUGAGGAAGUGCAUCGAGGUGGAGAGUAAUCACUUCAUCAAGAGACAGAUGCAGCUGAAGAUUGUCAUCGACCAUGACGCCAAAUUGCAUUCAUUCAUGGAGAGGAAACUCCAGGAAAUUAUUCCUUUGGAAGACGAUGAAGACUACAAGAAGAAAAGUGCAGAGAAACAGCAGCAACAUCAGAAUGCAGCGAAUAUGCUGGAGAUGUACAUGCAGGGACACAGUACGCUAGUAGAAGUCAUCGGAGAAAGAGACCUGCGUCAGAUAAGUCAAGUGUUCAUGGAUAAAGAACAGAAGAAUUUCACUCAUAUUGGGUACAUCAACGAGCUGCACAACAAAAGGAACAUAAUGAAGAACCGCACAAACAAGUUGAAGGGUGAUAUCCUGCUCCUGGAGCAAGAGAACGAAGGGCGUAAUGAGCAGACUAAGAGCCAGCUUGAGGAUCUAGAGUCUGAGUUGCAGAAGAAUAGCCAUCUGGCCGACACCCUGGAACAGCAAUGCAGUGUGAUUCAGAUAACUCUGGACCAGCUGCGGACUGCCAUCAAUGUCCUUUUCGAUGAGAUAACGCACAAAUCUGUCACUGUCACUUUUGACAACAUUGUACACUGCAUUAGUAUCCUUGAGGAGUGCAUUAGCGACCUGCUGAUCCAGGCCAACGAUGUGGACGAUGAGCAGAUGCAGCAGCCUCCUCACAACCUGCUGUUAUCUAAUUCUGACUUGCUACCAGGGAACAGCACUAAGUCUACUUCACGCUCACUAAAGUCAGCCUGAUCCAACAGAAAAUGGCACCUUCACAUGCUUCCUUUUCUCAUUGCAGUGAAACAGCCUCUUACCGACAAUAAAAACCCAAUUACAGCAUCAUAGCUGGUCCAUGUAACAUACAGUACAAUCAAUCAUUUCUGUAUUAGAUAGAGGAUAAAAGAUGAGAGCAUCAA